AUGAGAGCUGCUCGUGUUGUUUCGGCUGGAAAAUGGGAAAUGACAAGAAUACCAAUUCCAAAGACUGGAAGGGGACAAGUAAGAAUCAAGGUUAUGGCAUGUGGAGUUUGUCACUCUGAUUUAUUUAUUGCUAGUGGUGGAGCUGGAGAUGUAUUCCCAAGAGUACCCGGUCACGAAGUAGCUGGUAUUGUAGAUGAAAUUGGUGAGGGUGUCACUCGAUUCAAAUUGGGUGAUCGUGUUGGAAUGGGGUAUUUUGGCGGAGGUCAUUGUGGAGAGUGUUACGAUUGUCUACAUAAUAGUUGGGUGACAUGUAAAAAGGUUGGUGGAUGUGGUGUAACUUAUGAUGGUGGAUUUGCUGAAUACACUGUCGCACCACACGACGCAUUGGCCAAGAUUCCAGACGAAAUUGAUUUCCUCCAAGCCGGCCCAUUUUGUUGUGCAGGUGUAACUGUAUUCAAGUCAAUUCGUGAUGCAGGUCUAAAAGGUGGUGACUUGGUUGCAGUACAUGGUGUUGGUGGUUUGGGUCAUUUGGGAAUCCAAUUUGCAAGAAAGCUUGGGUUUGAGGUCAUUGCCAUUUCAUCAGGUGACGCAAAAGAAAAAUUGGCCAAAGAGUUGGGAGCUCAUCAUUACAUCAACUCCUCCAAACUAGAUGUAGUUGGUCGUCUACAAGCACUAGGUAACAUCAAGUGUAUCAUGUGUACUGCUCCAGCCAAAGAGGCAGUCGAAGAACUAUCCAAGGCACUUGGAUUCAAUGGAACACUUUUAUUACUUUCCAUCUUUAGCGACCUUUCCGUCAAUCCAAUGCAAAUCAUCACCAAAAAUCAAUCUAUUGUUGGAUCAUACUCUGGUGACAGUCGUGAUACUGAAGCAACUUUGCAAUUUGCAGCCAACCAAAAUGUCAGAUCAAUGAUCCAAGUUUAUCCACUAGAGCAAGCUGAAGAAUGUUUAAAGAAUAUCUCUCAAGCUAGAUUCCGUUCAGUUUUAAAGAUUGGGGAAUUCUAA